GUUUGUCAAUCUUCUUCAGUGUCCAGCUCCAGCAGCAUCCUCCCCUCCACUCCCCCCUAAAACCCCAACGCCCUCCGCCACUCCUUCUAUCCUCAGAUCAGAUGGUGGAGGUGGCCACACGUGGAGAAGAGACCUCGUCCCAGUGAUGCGCUGCCAUGGCCGCCCGUGCACUGGGCCCACCGCCUCCGCCUCCACUUCCCCCUCUCGGCACCAUGCGGGCGCCCCCGCGCGCUACUGAUGCCACCGCGCCGCCGCCGCCCCAUGGCUACCGGCGUGGCGCAACCGGUCUCACCUCAGCGCUGACUGGUAACCGGGGAAGGCACAUUUUGUGUUCAGUGCAAUUGACAGAAGCUCUUAGAGGCAAUCUUCAAGUGGAAGCAAACUCGUCUCAUGCCCCUACGGCAUUGAUGUCUACUGGACGUGAUGACUCAGCCAUAACCUGUAAAGGAUUCUGUAUGAUAUCAUGGAACCUGAAAGCAGAUGUUCCAGAUGGUUAUGUAAUCUUUGUAACAGGAGAUCCAGUAACCCUGGGUUGUUGGGAACCUGAUAUGGCUGUUCAGUUGGCUCCUUCUGUUAAAAGUAGCAAUGAAUGGACGGCUGAAAUAAAGGUACCAUAUGGGGUGCACUAUAGGUAUAACUAUUUUGUUCGUGAGGAAAAAGGUUCUUCUAAUGAUAUCAUAUGGAGGCCUGGUCCUGAGUGCUCCUUAUCGAUACCUUCAGUUAGCAGGAAAAAACAUGUCAUUGUUGUGAAGGAUCUUUGGAUGAAAACCAGUGUGACAGGUAUUCCCUCUCCUUCCUGGGGAUCAUGGCUGAUGGAAGCAGAUUUUCUUGAAGAUCGAUUUGUUGAGAGUGAGAAGCGUGAGAGCACUGUGAAAGCCCACUCUGUUAUCGAUUUGGUGGAGCGAACUUCAUCUGUAGGUGAGCAUAUUAUACUAAGACUUGGAAAUGGCACGCCUUUACAAGCAAAGCAUAUAUCAGAGACAGAGAGCCCACUCAUCAGUGUCAAUGAUGAUUUUACUGUAGUUGAUAAACCAAAUGCAAUUAAAACAAGUGUGAACCAACUUGGUGGAACUCAGCCUGUUGAGGAGCCAUGGAUUCUUGGACCUAUGGUCUCAGCAAAGAACUCUGUUGUGCCAGUCAAACACAAAAAGGACAGGAAGAAGUUUUUGAAUAAGGAACAUGAUCCAGGUGAAGUUGCUGAAAACAUGCCUGAACAGUAUCAGCCUGUGGAGGAGCCAUGGUUUUUUCAAUCUUGGGCGGUAGCAAAGAGAACUGGAGUUAAAACGAAAGGAAAAAUAGAAGCGAAAGAUAGUACAAAAAAGUAUAGGAAAAUGGAUAAGCCCCCAGCACCUUCGGAGGCGGAUACACCCUCCACCAGUGAACAUUCAUCAAGAGUCAUAUUAAUUAACUCCUCUAUCUGUACCAUGCAGAGAAUUGCAGUAUUGGAAGAUGGGAAACUAGUUGAACUCUUGCUGGAGCCCAUAAAAAAUACUGUACAUUGUGAUAGUAUUUAUUUAGGUAUAGUAACAAAACUUGUUCCUCAUAUGGGAGGUGCUUUUGUAGACAUUGGAAUUUCGAGACCUUCUCUGAUGAGCAUAAAGCAAAACCGUGAUCCUUUUGUGUAUCCCCAAAUAGUUAAGGACAAUAAAGGAGGUACUGCUAAUGAUUCUGAUUAUAAUGAUGAGAGCCUUCCAACAUACGACGACGAUGAUGAUAUUGCAGAUGAGGAAUUUGCAGAUGAAGAGAAUGAUGAUGAUUCAGCAACAUUUCUGGCUCACAAUGUUACUGAAAAUGAACAAGGCAUGGAUUUCGUGUCCCACUCUAAGAUGAAGAUGAUUGAUAGUGCUGAAUUCGAAAGUGUAUCUGCUUGUGAUGACGAAAAGGAUGAUGAAACUGAUGAUCACGUGGAAGAUGAAUACAACGAUGAUCUUGUGCCAGGAGAUCAGUCAGAGAUCUCUAAUGAUAUUAAGACAUUAUCUUCCAUUCAACAUGCGUUGAGGGAAUCAAAUGAUGAUACAAAUGGAUGUAGGUGGUCUCAAGUUCGCAAGGGCACAAAAGUUAUGGUUCAAGUUGUCAAGGAGGGAUUGGGUACAAAAGGUCCCACAUUGAGUCCCUUCCCAUGCUUAAGAAGCCGAUUUUGGAUAUUAGUUUCCCGCGGUAAUAAAGUUGGAGUGUCAAAAAAGAUUACUGGAAUAGAGCGAACACGGUUGAAGGGCAUUACGAAAUUAUUACGACCUGUUGGAUUUACUUUGACAGCUCGUACAGUUGCUGCUGGUCAUUCUUGGGAGGAGUUGCAGAAGGACCUUGAUCGCUUGCUAUCUACUUGGAAAGGAAUAACUGAACAUGCUCAAUCUGCUGCCUUAGCUGCUGAGGAGGGUGUGGAAGGUGCUGUUCCUGUAAUGUUGCAUAGAUCAAAGGGUCAGGCUCUAUCUAUUGUUCAAGAUGAUUUUAAUGAGAAGGUUAAGAGGCUUGUCGUCGAUUCUCCUCGCACCUACCAUGAGGUUACGAGCUAUCUCCAAGAAGUUGCACCUGAGCUCUGCAAUCGAGUUGAUCUGUAUGAGAAAAGAACUCCCAUAUUCGAUGAAUAUAAAAUUGAAAAGGAGAUCGAUAAUAUCCUUUGCAAAAGGGUUGUGCUACAGAAUGGGGGUUCUUUAAUUAUAGAACAGACUGAAGCUCUAGUUUCCAUUGAUGUGAAUGGUGGUCACAGUAUGUUUGGUCAGGGGACGUCACAGGAGAACGCUAUUUUAGAAGUCAAUCUUGAAGCUGCAAAGCAAAUUGCUCGUGAGCUGCGCCUGAGGGAUAUUGGUGGCAUCAUUGUUGUUGAUUUUAUUGAUAUGACUGAUGAAUCAAACAAAAGAUUAGUCUAUGAAGAAAUGAAGAAAGCAGUAGAAAAGGACCGAUCAACAGUUGGUGUUUCAGAAUUGUCAAAGCUAGGUUUGAUGGAAAUAACUAGAAAACGGGUUCGGCCGAGUGUUACUUUCAUGAUCAGUGAGCCUUGUCCAUGUUGCCAUGGUCUUGGUCGUGUGGAAGCUCUUGAUACAUCCUUUUCUAAGAUAGAACGUGAAAUCUGCCGACGCCUUGCUUCCUCUGGGCAUAAAUCAGACCCAGAGAAACCAAAAUCAUGGCCAAGAUUUUUGCUUAGAGUGGACCAUGAGAUGUGCACGUACUUGACGUCAGGAAAGAAAACAAAACUAGGGCUCCUCAGUAGCUCCCUCAAAGUAUGGGUUUUGUUGAAGAUCGCUCGAGGCUUUACACGGGGUGCAUUUGAAUUGCUACCAUAUUCUGAUGAGGACACAGAUGAGCACAAGGAACCACCUGAAUCGCAAGACUCACCACCUCCGAAGGAAGCAGGAAGGCCCAGGCUGUCUGUUUUCCCUAUCAAGAAGUGGAUGAGCCGUGCAAAGCGAGCCAAGUGAAUGCAAAGAGGGAUGAUUUUUGCAAAGAGCUGAAGUGAAUCCUUUCUCAGAGGGCUUUGUUAUCUUACAGGCUGUGACCCCAACACGAGGCAUCCACGUCUGUCUGACUAACAUCUGGACGACCUUCUUCUUGAUUUUGUAGUUGCAAAUCAAUGAGGUCUAAAGGGUGAAAAGGAGUAGGAAAGUAGGAAAGAUGUGGGAAGAUUUUAGGAGAGAAAUUAGAUUGUGUAAGAGCCGAGAGUGUGUUGUGGGGGGACAGAGCGCAGUAACAUAGUUGUUGGAUGCCCAAAUGAGAUAUUUGGUGCACUUAUUUUUUUUUCAUGCAUUGUCAAAAUGCAAAAUGAAUUGUACUCAGAAACAAAAUGCAAAAUAAACAAUUUUCCUGUUAAAUUUAUAUAUGACGUGGAGCGACCCUUGCUGGAA